AUGAUAAACUGUCUGCACUCUCUUCUUUGCAUCCUUCUCUCACAAAUUGACAUUAUGAGCUUCCACCAAUCUGCCACCAACAUUGAGCUUGAGGAUGACCACAUCCUCAAGGCUACCCUGCGCAACGAAGAAGGCGACGAGCAUGAUUCCACGCUGAAUCUCAAUGAUGUAAUCGGCAACAACAACGGCGAGUUUCUAUGGGGAGGCGGCGGCUUCAAGGAGAGUGCAGAUAAUAUCAGCUUUGAACUGGAGGGAGAGGGGGAACCCAUCCUUCGGGCAUCUCUGAAAGAUGUUGAGGGGGAGGAACACCGUGCUGAUAUCAAUCUGGCGGAGCGCAUCGGAAACAACAACGGACAUCUUGUCUUCCACGAGUAA